CCAUAUAUGCAUUUCCAAGGCAGACUAUAGCAACUUUGGGACUAACCCUUAUACUGAACGAUGUUUCCAUAUUCAAGAUUCUUUCCCACUAGCAUAAUUGGUAGGGUUAUGAAAUUGGUAAUUCAAUACUUAAUUCUGUAAUCUAUUUUAAUUUUCAUCUAGGGAAAGAGAUUAUAAUUGGCUGACUAAACCAAGGGAGAAAGAAUAAGGAAACUUGAUUCUCCUUUUUCCCCUUUUUAUUCUGGCAUAAACAGAGUAAAAAAGGCUUGAAUUUUGUGCUAUAAGAAGACGCCCUUUUUCCCCUUCUUUUAAUUGCCCCAAACAUGGCAUUCAAUCUCUGUUUCUUCAACAAGGGUAGCUUGAUCUUUAAGCCUCCAAAGAAAUCAAUCUGGUGGUUGAGAAUGGUGGUAUUGAUGUUCUCAAUUGUUUGUGGAGUUUAUAUAUGUUAUGUAUCUCUUAGGCAAAUCAGUGCCCCUUCCAGUGGAAGACUGUCAAGGGUUGAACUGGCAAGGCCAUGCAAAAAUCCUAGGAUUGAACCUUCAGAAAAGCCUUUCUUGCACUAUCCCAAACCCAAAACUUUUAGCAGAGCUGAGUGUGAAUGCAAUCCUGUUCGAUAUUUUGCUAUUCUCUCCAUGCAAAGAUCAGGGAGCGGAUGGUUUGAAACAUUGUUGAACAGUCAUAUCAACAUAAGCUCUAAUGGGGAGAUCUUCUCAGUCAAACCCCGGAGAGCUAAUGCUUCAACUAUAGUUGAAACUUUAGACAAACUCUACAAUCUAGAUUUCUUGACCAGUGCUUCCAGGAAUGAGUGCACUGCUGCUGUUGGAUUGAAGUGGAUGCUUAAUCAGGGUGUAAUGCUGCAUCAUGAAGAAAUACUAGAAUACUUCAUGAGUAGAGGAGUAUCGAUAAUUUUCGUCCUCAGAAGAAAUCUUCUGCGCAGGAUGAUCUCUGACCUUGCAAACUCGUACGAUACAAAUGCGAAACUAUUGAACGGGACACACAAAUCACACGUGCAUUCUCUUGAGGAAGCUGAGAUUCUAGCAGGAUACAAGCCAACAAUUAAUGCAGCAAUGCUGAUAGCCAACCUGAGGCAAGUAGAAGAGAUGGUAACUAAAGCUUUAGAAUACUUCAACAGCACUCGACAUAUUGUUCUAUAUUAUGAGGACAUAAUAAAAAAUCAGACUAAACUGAUAGAUGCUCAAGAUUUUCUGAGGGUUCCAAGAAUGGAGUUAGUUAGUCAUCAUGUUAAAAUACAUAGAGGGUCCUUAUCUUCCCUGGUUGAGAACUGGGUGGAUGUUGAGAAGGCGCUUGCAGGAACAUCUUAUGAGAGCUUCCUACAGGAGGAUUACAAGAUGUAG